UUCCAACAGAUAUGUUCCAAAACACAGAUUUCCAAAGAACCUGUGUAAAAUGGAACAAUGGCUAAGAGCAAUACAACGAACAGAUUUGAUAGGUGCAUCAAGAGAGACAUUGGACAAAUUGCGAAUUUGCACGUUACAUUUUACUGAUGACAUGAUUUAUAGUUACACUCAAAAACGAAUAUUAAAAGAUNAUGCAAUGCCAUCAUUAAAUUUACCAAAUAUUUUGGAAAAUAGAGCCAAUACAAGUGCUGAGUCAGUUCUACAUGUCAUCAGUACAAAAAAUGUUACAUGUAACUCGGAUUUGUCUCAAUGCUCAAGAGAAGAGGAAGCUAGAAAAGAAGAGGAAGCUAGAGAAGAAGAGGAAGCUGGAGAAGACGAGGAAGCUGGAGAAGAAGAGGAAACUAGAAAAGAAGAAGCUACAAAAGAAGAGGAAGCAGCAACAGAGGAGAAAAGAAAAACUAUUAUUUCGAGAGCCUCAGUUCGUUCUCUCGGCAAAAUUAUCCAGAAAACUUCGGAAUUUGAAGAAAUUAUUGUACAAGAAGAAGAAAUGCAUAAAAUCACAAGGAAAAAAGAUAAAAGAAUUACGUNGUGGGAAUAA